AAGUGUUACCAGAUGAUUAUAAUCCGGAUGGACUGGAUACUGUCAUGGCUUUCAGGUUGGAAAGAGGUGUGGUUCUUCUUGGAGACUAUCGAUAUAUAAGAAGACGUUAUGAAAUUGUGUAUGGUGUUCUUGGAACACUAGAGAACACACACAAAAUCCUCUCAUAUCUAGACUCAUUUGAAAACCCGAUGACCGUACAAGAGUGUGCAUUUAUAGCCCAAGAUUACAUCCAAAGACUAAAAAUUUCAAGACUGGACGAUGCCACGGUCUAUGUGGGUGGCUGCCUUGAAGAUGGAACUGGUCAUUUAUUACGGGUGAACAAAGCAGGUGCCGAAGAAGUACCCAAGUAUGGGUCCAGCUGUGACACUUACUAUGUGGAUCUUGCAGCCAAGACAUUUGAGCCGACUUGGAUAGUUGAAGAGGUAGAAAACUUGGGCCUCGAGGUACUCAAGUUAAUGAGAAUUUAUACAAAAUCCACUGCCCUGCCUGCAUAUCUUGCACGUGUAGCUGUAGCUGCUGGCAACAAUGAAUAUAUGAUAUGGAAGUUUUGUUCCAGUUCCUGAAUAUCAUUAUAGUUUGUUACAGCAGAGAGGGUUCAAUCGGAGGAAAUUAGGUUUUGAAGAGUGUGGAUUGUUUAUUGUCGAUUGAGUUGGAAAACGGGAUUUUUAAAAUGGGGAUUGAUUGAAUUCUAUUUAGAUUUGGGUUUUGCUUGAUUGUUAAUUGGUUAAUGAGGAUUUGAAAUUAGGUAUGAAUAUGUGAAAUUAGGGAUGGGUUUUAUCUGGAAAUCAUUUACUUGAUUGUGGUGGUGAUGGUAGUGGUGAGUGUUGUUGGUUGUAGUGGAAGAGAUGAAUGUAAAUUGUUUUGGUGAAGAUUUCUUGCUGGUGUAGUUGGAGCUCUACGAAGCAAUCAGUAUUAUCACCUUGAGAAGGUUUGCAACAGUCAUACGAAAUUUCUGUCGACAGGGUGUUUUGAGAGAACAGGUCGUAUGGGAAACUUGAAAAAAUAUAUGGCUGUUAUCGUGAAAAAGAG